AUGGAGUCGUCGACGUUGGUGUUCAUCGUCACCAUCGCGGUGGCGUUUAUAUUCAUGCGCUGGCUCAUCUCGCCCAUCCCCCAAACCAACGAGUUCAUCAACGAACGCACCACCCAGCGUGAGGCCCGGUCGCUGGCGGUGUCUGAUGGCACCACCACCGGCAGUGCCCGCCGCCGCCACCAGCGUCCACCGUCAGACCUGAUGGUGGAGGUGGUCCAAGCGAUUGCCCCGCAGUUGACCAGGGAGCAGAUCGUGUACGACUUGGAGAAGACGGGACUGGUGGAGUUGACGAUCGACAACUAUAUGCAAAACAACAGCUUGCCGUUUCCCCCCGGUUACCGGGCUCCAGCACCAGCACCAGCACCAGCACCAGCGCCGGCCACUACCUCAAAUACCAAGACUGACCCGAUCAACUUUAAGGCCGUCAACCUUGUCGAGAAGUACCACGUCGACGUUCUGAGCCCUGCUCCUGAAGAAGGUGAAGACGACGACUUGGAUACCCUCUUGUUAAAGCGCAAGCAGCGGAUGAUCCUCAACGCCCGCGAGCAAUUGCAACGCAAGCUCGCGUCCCAAUAG